UAUUGCAUCAGCACGAGCACACUUUUUGGCCUUUUGUUUUUCCAGCUGCACUAGUCAAGUAUUACUACAAAUUGCAUUUAUCUAGAGAUGCCCCAGCAAAGAGCCAAUCAUUCAGAGGAAGUAAAUAAGAAAAAGGUAGGCCGCCAGCGUCGGCGCCCACCAAAAAAGAAAAGAAUUGAAGCAAUGCGAAAGACACUUAAAUCGUAUGAUCCGGUUCAGUUUCCGCCCGAGUGUGCUUGGUGGAAGACACUUGGCCAGAUACCAGGUGCACCGAUGCAGCCGAAUUCGCCAAGGCGAGGUCGUAAAUAUCUGUGCACCAUGAAUCAGGUUCAAUUAGCAGAUGAAUCGGCCUUUGAGGAUUGGUGGACCGACAACGUAGAUGUAGACCAAAAACCUGCAUCUCUUGAAGUGGUUGGUCGAAAGUUUUCAGAAACCCAAAUCAAGAAGCCAAGACCCAACCAACUCAAAGGUGUAAAUAGGAAGAAGAUGAAGCAACGGCGUCAGCAGCAGCUAAAAAACAAAAGAAUCAAUAAAGCACUUCAGCAAGCUCAGCUUCAGACUCUAUUGGAACAUGAAUUGGUCGCGGAAACUCCAAUUUCUGGCGAAUCAUCGAAUCUUAAAGCAGGUGGGCGACAUUUUUUCGUGGGUAAUACAAACAUCGCAUCACAAAAAUGCAACAUAUCAAGACCAAAAGACUUCGCAUUAAUGCCGCCUGAAUUACAAGAAGACCCGACUAUGUGGAAAUAUUGGAAAAAACGGAAGUACUUAUUCUCCAGGUAUGUUGAGGGCAUCAAAUUAGAUAAAGAGAGCUGGUACAGCGUAACACCGGAACCUAUCGCAAGGCAGAUUGCAGAGAGGCGUAAAUACGAUUUAAUUAUGGAUCCUUUUUGUGGCGCUGGCGGCAAUACUAUUCAAUUCGCAAAAACUUGUGGACAAGAAGUUCUAGCCAUUGACAUAGACCCGAAAAAGGUAGAAAUGGCUCGACACAAUUCCACAAUAUAUGGUGUGGAGGAUCGGAUUAAGUUCAUCGUCGGUGAUUUUUUUGAAAUAGCCAAAUUUGCGCCUUUCCUGAAAGCUGACAUGGUCUUUUUAAGCCCACCGUGGGGCGGCCCCAACUAUGUAAAGGAUCAACCCUUUGACAUAGAGACGCUAGCACCCCGUCCAGCAUCAGAGCUGGUGAGAGCGGCUCGAAAAAUCAGCUCUGCAGUCACUUUGUACCUACCCCGAAAUUCUAACAGAGACCAGAUCCAAUCGCUUGCUGAUGAAAACGAUAUUGUGGAAAUAAAGGAAAUGAUGGGAGGACUUACGGGACAAGGAAAAAGCUUUCAGGCUUUAGUUGUUUAUUACACUUUUCGUAAUGAUCCGGUUCCCUCACAGAUGGUGGUUUAAUAUCUGUUAUAUCAACAUUAUAACUGAAGUUAUUAUGUCUUAAUACUUCGAAUUUAAACUGUUGUGAGACAUACUAACAUUAAAUCAUUUUACGGUUUAGACUCACUUGUUUUAGUCACUCGCGCGACAUGUUUCGGAGAGCCUAGGUCUCCUUUCUCAAGCACUAAUAGUGCGAGCAGCGUUCACGACGACC